AUAGCGUAAAUAUAUAGCAACUCCUUUUUCGAAGACAUAAUGUUCAUAUAAAAGUGAAAUUGCCAACUAAAUCUGGUAACCGUUUUCGCAUUACUAACAUGGCAUUGCUAUAUAUACAUUGUAGUUGUCCUUGGUUGUGUGGAGCAUAUGGGCUGACCGCUCCAACCAAAAAGAUCGCUCGUCCACAUAUUUAUCUCACAGUUAAAAGAGGAAUGAAGAAAUCGGAUGUACGACGCAAUCUUGAAGACAAGUUUAAGUGUGACGCAAAGGAAUACUUUGAACUCCUGCAAGAACCCAAAAGAAAACCAAAACUCAAAUUAUUAGGUCGAGAACGAAACAAGGUGACAUCGUCUGCCACAUCAGUCAAAGCGGUAGCCGGUGGUGGCGUAUUUGCUUGUAUUAAGAACAGUGCUAACAAUUCAAACCCUCUACGAGUGUUAGAAGAAAACGAGAGAGAGGAUAUACCCGUUCCACAGGGAAUUGGAACUUUAACCAUGUUUUGCGCCCAUGAUGAACAGCAUUACGCCCUUACUUGCUUUCACGUCGGUUGUGCAACUGAUGAAAACUGUUUGAACGCAGCAUUAAAUAAAAAGGACAAUAUUCAGGAGAUCCGGAAUUCACUUCCAAUUUAUGAAGAGCAUGCUAAGGAACAGCAGUAUUAUUUUGCAGAAAAGGUGGUCGUAGAGAAUAACAACGAGAACAAUGACGAGCCCAUCACAUUUGGGGACGAUGGAAGCAACUACACGCACCUUGGUGAUUUUCACAAAUUUCAAUUUGAUAGUAAAUGUGACAUUCUGUCUCUGAAGGUUUCCAAAGACACUGAAAUUGAUUGCAAAAUAUUGGGGGUAACUUCUCCAAAUUGGACGAAUAUAUGGGAUGAAAUCUAUGAGAGAGUUUUCAGCAUUGGUUGCAAUCCUGUGAUAGUGGCGAAAAGAGGCUUUUCGUCGGCUGAGACCUACGGUCAUAUUGUUUCAUGCGAUUUUAGUAGCAGCGACGAAGAUGAAUUCCAAGAUGCAAUAAUUGUUGAGGGAUAUAGUGGUCCAUUUCUGAAAGGUGGAGAUUCAGGUUCUCUUGUUUUCUUUCAUGACAAGAAUGAUCAGAAACAAGUUCUUGCCUAUGGUGUUUGCGAAUUGGACGAGCUUCCCGCCUUAAUUAAACCGCACGAGUCGGCACAGUCAACGACCUCCAUCAAUUAUGAUAGUGACGGCAGUAGUAUUUGGGAUAAAGAAGAUUAUUCUUGCAGCUCCAACGAAGCUGUGGAUAAAUGUGUAGAGGAAACUGAACAUGACGAUAAACAAAGCGCUGAAAUUGAAGAUACAAUUAAAUGUCAGAAAGAUAAUGAGUGUGAAGACGAAUUUGAAAAUAGAAAUAAGCGUGAAUGUGGGCAAGAUAAAGAAUGCAAAGUGAAAAGUGAAGAAAAAAAUGAAUAUGAAUGUGGAGAUGAGCAUAGAUAUGAAGAUCAGAAUAAAGGUGAAGAUCAGAAUAAAAGCGAAGAUGAAAGUGGAGAUAAUAAAUAUGACGAUGACACAGAUGACCAAUCUGAUUUCGAAGUUGUAUUCCAGGAGGAAAGUACGGGGCCAUACUUUAUCUGUUUAAGACUAGAUACCGCUUUAGAAAACUUGGGGCUUGACAAAGCACCAUGUUAUAACGAUUGUGGUGGUAAGUGAAAAUGUACGAUUUCUGUAGUCUGUUCACAAAAUGCAUGAAUAUACUAAUAGGGCGCCCUUCCGUGGCUUAAUAUCUGCAAGCCAAUGACAGCUUUUUUAAAAACGAUAACAAAUUAAAAAU